AUGGUCAAAUCUAUCUUCCUCUCAGCCUUUGCGCUCCUUGACCUUGCUGCGGCUGCUACCUCUUCCAGCAGUCCCUCUGCCAGCAUUACCUCCAUGGCCAAUGCAUCUCCAUCUCCAACGCUCUCGAUGUUUGUUGCCGAAUCUAGUGCCGCAUUCGAGCUGGACAAUGUCAAUGUAUCACUGGUUGCAAUUAAACAACCUCUGACAACUAUCGCUAUCUGCCUCACGUCGCUCGAGAAAGAUGCUACCUGCAGCUCAGACGUCCAGCAGCUAUAUACCUUGGACGCUAGUAACACUAUCGAAUUUAACACCCAGUCCAGUAUUGAAGGUCUUCAUUACUCCAACCAUGCCGGUUGCACGAUAAAACCCGGACUCGCAACUUGCACCGGAGUAGCCAGUAUUUCUGGCGCUGGAACCUCGACAACAACGACCAUCUCCCAAACUUAUUCUGGAAAGGAUGUGACAUUCAUCCCGGUUACGAUCACGGCUGGAGCUGAGAAGCUGGCCCAGGCCACUGAGAAGCCGACGCACAACGGUGUUCCCAGAAUAACCGGUGUGCCCAACGCGGCCCUUAUUGGCGGUGCUGCCUUUGUGGGUGCUGCAUUCGCCCUCUAG